AUGCAGCCAGCGAGUCGGGUUGAGGUCACGGAGAGGGAAUUAGGAGAGGGAGAGAUGGUGGAGAACGGGACGGUGAGGGGCGCAUUGAUCGACGGCUCAAACAAUGAUACGGCCACCAUCGCCCGCAACGAGUCCGUAGACACAGCAGACAUUCCCGACGCCCUUCUCGACUCCGAAAUCGAAAUCACCAUCCACCCAAAAGGCAACCUCCUCCUCAUCGUCGGUGGCGACGUACCCGGCCGUCACCAACGCCGUCUUCUCGUGCAAUCUGAAACAAUCGAGCACUUCGGGCCCCUCUGGGUCGAGAUAAUAAAGGACUCUAAUCGCGAGAGGCUUUUCAUCAGCCGGCGCACGGCGUAUCUACUAGAUGACGAUGCCGACAUGUUCCUCGUGCUCAUGUAUCUCUCGCACCCCUGGCACAUUGCCAAAGUCCCGAGGGAACUUUCGUUCCGCCAAUUGCUCGCCAUGGCGCGCAUCUGCGACAAGUACGACGUGAAUCUGCAAGUCUCCCCUUUUGUGAGAAGGUGGAUCGUGCCGCAUCAGGAGAGUUUGAUACACCCGGGGAGAGAGCAGUGGUUAUUUGUUGCGCAGCAGUUUGGGUUAGAGAGGCAUUACGUUACGCUGGCGAGGCACCUGGUAUUGAAAUGUAGGGCGGAUGGGCACAGAAACUUGAUCAUGCCUGGCAGGUGGAAGAAGUUGGAUGGAUGGGUGCCGGAUGGGGCGCUUGGUAGGCUCCCAUUUCCAUCUGUGCGAGGAGCUGGGCAGUAA